GAUCAGUAUCACACACGCACGCACAAUCUACAUCCAUUCUCAAUGGGCGCAACCUGUCUUGUCCACUGGAAGGAUGCCAACGGCCAACAGUCUCUCACAUUGCUCUCGGACAGGCUCCUCAAGCAGUUCCAUGCAAGCCCCAUCGGUCGCUGGACUAUCAACUGGAAGGUCUUCAGAGACACCAGUCCUGUAUCAAAAUCAGGGACGGGCAAGAUGAUGCAUGUGGUUCACGUUCAGGGCGGUGCCACUGCUCGGGGUGUCCCUGCUGGAUCGCAGGCUGCCAAUUCCUCGGCAGGAGUCGUCUUCGCUGGAACAGGAGCAGGUGGAAUGGGCGGAGCUGGCGGAUCAGGAGUUGGUGGAGGUGUCGCAAGUCAAGGUGGAUUGACACCUGGGCUAGCAGGGAGCGCAGGGAUACCCGUGAAUCCGGGUCUUGCUGGACCUGGAAAGACCGGAUUAGGGGCUCUUCCAUCGGGUGCAGGGCCUUCUGGAGCGGGAAUCGUCGGUUCAGGAGCAGGAGCAGGAGGGGUUGGCGGUUCAGGACCAUCGCAAGUGGCAGCAGAGGCAUACAGUUCAACAGCAUGGUGCCUUAUCGAUGAUGGCGCGGUUGGUGCACCCUCAACCUCAUCAACAUCUGUUGCAACCAGUGCUGUUAACGCGCCAAUGAGUGCCGCAGGCGCAGAUAAUAUAGCAACACCUAAAAAGAGAGCAGUUCUGGUGGAGGUCGAGAGGGAUAUUGAAGCGUUGAUUGCAAAGCUGAAGAACCUAUGGGUUCAUCGACAGCAUGCUCAGGUGGAGGGGCAUGUGUUCGACCUUGGCGAUUUUAUUGUUCGCGCUGGCAACAUCAUGGUCGCUUCCACAAGUUACAAAGGGAUACUACUAGAGAUCGAGUACCUCCCGCAAACUUCAAGCGCCACAGCAUCAAAUGCCAUCCUUGAAGAAUUUGUCCGCUUGAUCUCCCCUCCUGGAGUGAACCUGCACUCGCCGCAGAUGCUCGACUAUCCAUACGAGCAAGUAGGACUGAGUCCCAAAACCUGGUCUAUGCUGCACUCUGGCUUCCAAUAUAUGACCCUCUUCAGGCGACAGCACAUCUUGUAAAAUAAAAGCAAAAUAUUUUUUCCAAUC